CGAUGCAAAGGCACCGAAUCACGUCUUGGACUUCAAGUAGCCCAUGUUGCACUUGCUUGUGGAAAUUAUGAAGAUUAGAUAUCUAAAACCUGUCUACUAGAUAUUUCGUGAAAUUUUAUGCAAUUAUCGAUACCGCUCAUCCCCUUUGGUAUUGAUUUUAUAUCAAAAUGAAGCAGUCAAGACUGUUUGUUGGUGGACUUGGUGAUGAGGUUGACAAGGAUAUGUUAAUAUCAAAACUUUCACCAUAUGGCUCCAUCAUAGAUGCUAUAGUGAAAGAAAAGACAGAUGCUGAUGGGAAUGUGAUGCAGAGAUUUGCCUAUGUCAACAUUGCAGCAGCACAAGAGCAACUGGAACAAUGUAUAAAGACCCUGAAUGGGAGUGUUUGGCAGGGUUCCAGUCUACGAGUUGAAGUUGCCAAGGAGAGUUUUUUAGACAGACUGAAAAGAGAACGAGCUGAAAGACAGGGGCACAAGCAUAUUGCUCAGAAUUUCUCUCGCAAUGACAGUGUUAAGAAAUUUGAAAGGCAUCAAGGAAAUAAAAAAGAACCUAACAAAAAAGAUUAUAAAGUAUUUCCCAACGAAAAAAGGAAACAAAGAAACCUUGCCAUGGAUCCAAAUAACAUACAUGAAAGCUUUAAAAUGUCCAAAAGUCCUGAUGAAAAUGACAAUGAGCUCUCACCUGCAAAGCGCAAAGCCCCUAGGAAAAAUAAAAAUUAUAAAGAGGAGGAAAUGAUGGCUAGCUUUAAGACAUUUAGUUCUGUUUGGGCUGACUCGGAUGAAGAUGAGGGUUGCGUGAUAAGUAAUAAGGAGAGAAGACAGUUAGAAGAGGCAUUAAGCAAGAAAAAAGAUGAUAUUGUUGAUAAUGAGAGUGAGACACUAGAUAGUGAUGGUAUGGAAGUAUUUGAAGAUGCACCUAGUGAACAGGAAGGAGAAGCAGAAAAACCUGCAAAAUCCAAAGAUAAGAGGCAGAAUUGGGGUUUACCAAAAGUGGUGAGUGACACAAAGGAGUGUGACACAAAGGAGAAUGACCCAUCUUUCAAACCAAUGACCAGAUAUGAUCCAACUCUUCACCAAACCAGUUCACUUCCACCAGGAUCGGUUGUAGAGGGUGAAAAUGAUGAAGAGACAAAUAACGAAGUAGCUACUGGUUUGAGAUUGGUAUCGUUGUUUCAAGAUUCAAAACCUAAAGAGGAGGAGGAGGAAGUCUUAAAGGAACCUGUAAAGAAGCAAUCUUUCUUUUUGAGUUCUUCUGAUGAACGAAUUCAGGAGGGUAUUGACUGGAUGCGUCAGAAUGUUCAAGAAAAGAUACUUCCUGAGUUCAAAGCAAUAGAAGAUGAAUUAUAUGAGGUUAUAAAGACACGUUAUGCACGUGCAAAAAGAGAUAUGAAUAAAAAGUUUGAUAAUGAUAGCAGACACAAAAGAAAAAAUAUGGAAAAAUUGUAUAUUUUCAAAAGUGCAACUACACCUAUGUUUGAAGAGCAGACUUACGAUCAUGGUUGGAGACUGGCUGAAGUUAUCCAAGAUGAAAAGAAACGAGGUCAUCACAAUAAUAGUAGAGAUGGAGUAAAUGGUCGUCCUGCGAGCCAUGGGGAAAAAGGACAUGGGGGUCGGCAAAAUUCAACCACAGGAGGAAGACAGACUCCAGGCAAGGAUCAAUUAAUGAAGGAUGUUGAGAGCAAAGGAAAUGAUGGAAACAAGAGAAGUCAUGGUGGGUUUGGUCAUGGCAGUGGAGGAAAAGACAUCCAGAGUGCCUGGUUUGGUAGAAAUAUAUCACAGGGUGUGACAGAUGAUUCUGUUACUGGUCAAGCAUAGAAAUUCCUUUGUGUGUUUUAUAAGUUAUAAAAGUUUUACCAUUUGAA